UGCGAUUUGAGAAUCCCGAUUCCGCAUUUCUGUCUUUGUCUCUUGCUUGUUUAGUCUCUCCUCUCCUCCUCGUCCUCAAUCAUCAUCAUCUGAGAAUUCGCAGCUUUUGCUUCUUCGAUAGAAAAUCUAAUUAUCAUCAAUCAUGUCUAAGUUCACGGGAUUCUCAUCUCUCGCUAUCUCUUAUUUUCUCUUGGUUUCAACGAUUGUUGCAGCCACCGAUGUUCACUACUGCGAUAAUAACGAAGAGUAUGAAGUAAAAGUACAAGGAGUUGAUAUAACUCCUUAUCCUAUAGCUAGAGGCGAGCCAGCUACUUUCAGAAUUUCUGCUAACACAGACACUGAGAUCUCGAGCGGCAAGUUGGUGAUCGAAGUUUCCUACUUUGGAUGGCAUAUUCAUUCUGAGACACAUGAUCUUUGUGAUGAGACAAGUUGUCCUGUGGCCAUUGGAGAUUUCUUGGUAGCGCACUCGCAAGUUCUUCCCGGAUAUACCCCUCCUGGUUCAUACUCACUAAAAAUGAAGAUGCUUGAUGGACGCAAGAAGGAGUUAACUUGCAUCAAGUUCUCAUUUGAUAUUGGAUUUGGAUCCUCCGUGGCCGACAUGUAGAGCUGAUUUGCUCGACGGGAUACACCAUCUUGUUCUAUACCAUGGAACCACUCUCAUUUAUUUUGUAUAAAAUACACUCUCCUGCUAUACAUAAUUGUUGAUCAAAAACCCUUUGAAAAUUCUCAUUCUGGACCAUUCAUGAAUCCCCCCAUUUAUAGAAAAAACAAAGUAAUGAAUUAUUGAUUAGGUUUUAUAGAGCUGUGGUUAGUUCUAGUUGCAACCUUAAAGCUGAGCCUACUUUAACCAAUAGUACAUCAUUACAUCCACGUUCAUGGAAUUAUAAAGACGUGACAUACAUCAUCAUUCAACCAAACGUAAACCAUUAAUGACUUAUCAGAAAAGAUGAAUUUUUUCAUAGCUUCAAUAUACCAACAUGUUAAAAGGGACAUUCCUCCCCUUUUGCUAUGUAUUUGGACAAAGUUGGGCUAAAGU